GAAAUUGAAAUCGAGAUACACAAAUUGGAAACAAUCUGUUCUCCAAAAUAAAAAGAAAAAAAUGCAUGGGUUCGAUUUCAAAGAGAUUCAGGAGAAGAUCUCCGAGAGCUUUCGUCCAUGGCAACGCUCUUUUCAAUUCUGGGUUCGAGCUACUAAUAUCUACACAGGCUACAAGGUGUUUCAACUUCGAGUGAGUUUAGUGAAAGAUGCAAAGAAGCAAGAGGAAAUGUGGGAAAGACAACAUGAGCAAGCUGCUGAUAAAAUUUACUUCAUGUGCUCUGAUCUUGGGGGUUUCUUCCUUAAGAUUGCUCAACUUUUAGCAAAACCUGACAUGGCACCAGCUGCGUGGGUGAAAAAGCUUGUAACUUUGUGUGAUCAAGCUCCUGCGACGCCGUUUGAUGCAAUUCAAGCUGUUCUAGAGAAGGAGUUAGGUAAAAGCAUUGGUGAAAUCUUUGAAACAUUUGAUGAAAAGCCUAUUGGUUCUGCUUCUAUUGCUCAGGUUCACAGAGCAAGAGUAAAGGGUAACAAGAUGAAUGUUGUUGUAAAGGUUCAACACCCUGGCAUUGAAAGAUUGAUGAUGACAGAUAUAAGAAACUUGCAACUAUUCGCCUUAUAUAUGCAGAGAACAGAUAUCAAAUUUGACCUGCAUUCCAUAACAAAGGAAAUGGAGAAACAGAUUGGUUAUGAAUUUGACUUCAAAAGGGAGGCCAAUGCAAUGGAAAGAAUUCGAUGUUUUCUUUAUGAGAACAACAAAAAGUCUCCUGUUUUGGUACCAAGAGUUCUGCCAGAUAUGGUGACUAAGAGGGUUUUGGUGAUGGAAUACAUUAAUGGAAUUCCAAUCCUGAGCAUUGGUGAUGAGAUGGCUAAAAGAGGGAUAAAUCCUCAUGGUAAGAUUGCAGAGGCAGCAAAGCACAAUAUACUUAACAGUUUAUCCCGUGCGUAUGGCCAAAUGAUACUGAAAAGUGGUUUCUUUCAUGCGGAUCCACAUCCUGGAAAUAUCUUGAUUUGCAAAGGUCAAGAGGUUGCACUGCUGGACUAUGGUCAAGUGAAGGAACUACCCGACAAGUUGAGACUUGGUUAUGCGAAUUUGGUCAUUGCCAUGGCUGAUGACAAUGCUUCACGAGUAUCACAGAGCUUUUGGGAAAUGGGUUUACAUACAGUGGCCAAGUGUGAGAAUGAGCAGCAAGAACUUCUGCGGUUAGCACAAACACUUUUCGAUACAAAGAUGCCAGCUGGUCAGACAGUUUUGCAACCUUUCUCAGAUGACUCUUCGAUUAAAAAGAUAGCCGUUGAGACAUUUCCAGAGGAACUGUUCUCUGUACUUCGUACUGUGGUUCUGUUAAGAGGACUCAGUGUUGGGAUGGGAGUUAAUUAUUCGUGUGCAGAACAAUGGAGAUCUAUGGCGGAAGAGGCUUUACUUGCAUCUGGAAGAGUGACAAGAGAUGGCAAAGAAAGAUCUCGGAGACGGGCUUCUCUACGAAGGCUACGCGCAGGAAGUUAGGAAAAAGAUAGGAGUAUUUCUCAUCAGUCAUCACUCUCCCAUAGGCAGGAUCUGAGUUUUGUAUUUUUAUUAUUCUGUCUUUUGUGAGAAUUUGAAUGAUAGGAGGAACUUGAAUGUAAUUGGCUGAAAUGCAAUUAUCAUGGAAGCUUUGUAAAUCAAGAUUUAGUCCCCAA